UUUCAUGAAGAUGUGCAGGAUUAUCGAUGGAUUCCCGCAAGGGGAAAGCAAACUUACCAAGGUGUUUUCAGCUGCAAACUUGUAUUACAACUAUUCUGGUAAUAAAUCAUGCUUUGAUAUCGAAAAUGGAACUGAUCCUCAUGGUCUCCAUGGAUGGGAUUGGCAGGCAUGCACAGAGAUGGUCAUGCCGAUGACAUGCUCUAAUGAAAGCAUGUUCCCAUCAUCGAGCUAUGAUUAUAAUGAAUUCGGAGAUGAAUGCAUGGCAAAGUAUGGCGUUCGACCAAGACCCCAUUGGAUCACUACAGAAUAUGGUGGCAAUAGAAUUGAUGCAGUACUUAAGAGGUUUGGAAGCAACAUCAUUUUCUCUAAUGGAAUGAGAGAUCCUUGGAGCAGAGGAGGGGUACUCAGAAACAUAUCAUCUAGCAUCAUAGCCCUGGUAACCGAGAAAGGAGCUCAUCAUCUAGAUCUCCGAUUUGCCACAAAAGAUGAUCCAAAAUGGCUUUUAGAGCAAAGGAAACAAGAAAUUGACAUCAUCCAAUCUUGGAUAGAUCAGUAUCAUAUAGAUUUCAAGGAAUGAUCAAUGAUCAUAUAGAUUUCAAGGAAUAUUUAAUGAUUCAAGUGCCAUUGAAGCAUUAAGAUGCAAAUAUUUGAAUAGGACAGAAUACAUGAAAAUUUCUACUUUUUGUAAGUCCUAAAAAGAAUAUACAGGUGAUAUGAGAUUUCAACUGUAAUAAUUUUCCACAGAAACUGGUUACAUGAGAUAUUUCCAGCUUUGAGAUUGAACUGAUUACCAGCAGUCAAAUUUGAUAUAUCAUGCAGGCUACGUUUAAUCUUUCUUA